CAGUUGCCGGCAGCAGUUCCGCGAUGGUGGGCGGCGGCGGAAUGGGGGGCGGCCUCCUGGAGAACGCUAACCCCCUCAUCUACGAGCGCUCUGGGGAGCGGCCAGUGACCGCGGGCGAGGAGGACGAGCAGGUUCCAGACAGCAUCGACGCGCGCGAGAUCUUCGAUCUGAUUCGCUCCAUCAAUGACCCGGAGCAUCCACUGACACUAGAAGAAUUGAACGUAGUAGAGCAAGUCCGGGUUCAGGUGAGCGACCCUGAGAGCACAGUGGCCGUGGCCUUCACACCCACCAUUCCGCACUGCAGUAUGGCCACACUUAUUGGCCUGUCCAUCAAAGUCAAGCUUCUGCGAUCCCUUCCCCAGCGUUUCAAGCUGGACGUGCACAUUACACCAGGGACCCAUGCCUCGGAGCAUGCAGUGAACAAGCAGCUUGCGGAUAAAGAGCGGGUGGCAGCCGCCCUAGAGAACACCCACCUGCUGGAGGUUGUGAACCAGUGCCUAUCAGCCCGCUCCUGAGCCUGAAUUUUUGCUCCCAGCCCCACGCAGGGCUCAUGGCCUUGUUUUCUUGAACCACUGACAAUAAGAAACUAACAUUUUGCAUUUUGUAAUAAACCCUUAAUUUAUAUUCAUUUCCCA